AUGGAUUCGCGGUAUCUGGAGACUGCUGGCCUAAUUGGCGUUUUUACCCAUCUCUGGUACUUCCGGCGAGGAGAACACCAUCUUUAUCCUUGGCGAUAUGUGCGAUUUCACGUCUGUCUGACCAUGGCGGUGGCAGCAUUGUUAUACUCCAAAGAGUCACCGCAAUACAAUCAAUCUGCCGCUGAAAUAUGCAAACAGACUUGUGCGCUCAUGCUCACAUACCUCGUCGGGCUGUUCACUUCGCUCUUCCUCUACCGAACGUUAUUCCAUCCCCUCCGUCAUUUUCCCGGCCCGCGGCUCGCCAGAAUAUCCUCGUUCUGGUUAUCUUUCCGUCUAAGAUCUGGGCCGUCCUUCCGCAUACUUCACGAAUUGCAUGAGGAAUAUGGACCUAUCAUGAGGGUGGGGCCGUCUGAGGUGUCGAUCAUCCACCCUGAAGCUGUCGGGAUUAUCUACGGGCCAGCCUCGCGGUGUUCAAAGAACGCCUUCUACGACAACGGCCAUCCUAUGAUGUCGCUACAUUCAUAUCGAGACCAAAAAGCCCACGACCAGCGCCGCCGGGUCUGGAGCGUUGCGUUCGGAGACCGGGCUUUGCGCGGUUACGAGAAGCGCAUCCGGGUCUAUCGUCAGAAACUCUUCCAGCGGCUUGGCGAGAGGGCAGGUUCGGGCUCGACGAUUAAUGUCAGCAACUGGUUCAAUUUCUACAGCUACGAUACCAUGGGCGACCUGGCCUUUGCUCGCAGCUUUGAUAUGCUUGACGGAACCCGAAACCAUUGGGCGGUUGACCUGCUCAUGCAUGGAAUGACUGGGUACAGGUAUCUGUUUCCGAGCUGGUUCUUUCGGCUACUCGCUACCAUGCCCUCGCUCUCGAAGGACUGGCACAGGUUUAUUCAGUUUGCGACAGACACCGUGCUGCAUCGCUUGAGCGAGCAAGUGGGAAUUUCGGAUAUUUUCGCAUCCUUAAUUGCGCCACUGAAUGGUCGACGACCCACCGAUGAUGAGCAGAACAUGCUCAUGGGAGAUGCUAUGCUCGUAAUCACAGCUGGAAGUGAUACCACGGCAACAAGCUUGACGGGCAUCGUGUACGAACUCGCCCGACAUCCGGAGGAGGUCGAAAAGUUACGGGCUGAGCUGGAGCAUAUUGAAGUUGAUAGUGACGGUGAGUACCAGCACGACAACAUCGCCAAACUGCCGCAUCUCAAUGGCUUUAUCAACGAGACUUUCCGGCUGCACCCUCCCAUUCCCGGUGUCAUUCCGCGAAAGACGCCACCAGAGGGAAUCCAGGUUAUGGACAUCCGCAUUCCAGGGAAUAUGACGGUCUACAGUCCCCAAUGGAGCAUGGGUCGAUCCCAAGCCGCGUAUGUUGAUCCCUUGUCCUUCAAGCCGGAACGGUGGUACAAGUACGGAGAUCUUGUAAAGGACAAGUCUGCCUUUGCCCCAUUCUCCGUUGGGUCUUAUUCCUGUAUCGGAAAGCCACUCGCCAUGAUGAACAUUCGCACGACCGUGGCGCGUCUAAUCAUGACCUUUGAUGUGAAGUUCCCAGCGGGUGAGGAUGGGACCCAGUGGAUGGACGCUGCGGACGAGCACUUUUCCAUGGGCAUUGAUCACAUGCCUGUAGUUUUGGAGAGACGUCCGUAG